AUGUUUAGUUUCUUCCUGGCGUUGCACAGUCAAACCUCCAAAUGAUUUCUAAAUAUCCAUUAGAUAUAUAUAACACACAUCUAGUAAAGCUUCACACACUCUGGUCCCCAACAGCAUGAAUGGAUGUGGAAAAAAACAAGCCUUUAGAAAAUCUACAAAAUGUCAAAACAUUGGAUUUUUCUCCAAAUAAUCGAUUUUUAUUUUAGAAUUGACCAAAUUCCUCUUGAAUCAACAUCCUUGUGCUACACUUAGUGGAACAUAUAAAUAAAUAAUACUCAGGGCGACGUUACACCUGCUAACGUGCCUAUAUUUAAUUGGAAAGAAAGAAAAGCUUCUGGAUUCUUCAGAGUUUCUUUAGAAUUUAAUUGAACAAAAACUAGCUGCAACAAUUAGCCACGUAACACACGAGUCAGUGUUCAGCCUGGUGAAUCUGCGCGCUGCUUUCUGCACGACAUCAUGGGUGUGACUUUAUAGGAAUAUUUUUCCUUUUGGCUGCAGAAGCAGGAGGGUGUGAGAACUACAGGAAUGCAUAUGCAUGAAUAGAGAGGAAUGAACCGCAGUAUUUGUGGGAUGGUCACUUUCACUUUCACGUCCAACCUGUUAUUGUUUUAGGAUUUAUUUGUCGGUGUGAAAGUGAGUGAGGCUAUUGUUCAGAAGCAGAGCGACUCACUGCAGCAUGUCCAAGAUUACUCAACCUGUUCCCUCCCCGAGGCGCAAGUUUCUGCCCUCAGAUAACAGUGAGGAAAAGGAGCCAGAACAUUCUCCAACCAGAGCAGAGAUUACUCGAUCUGUUGCCUCUCUGAGGCGCUGUUAUCUGCCCUCAGAGAACAGUGAGGAAAAGGAGCCAGAAAACUCUCCAACCAGAGCAGAGGAUGCUGAGUCCUUGUUGGAUUUGCAGGAAGAACUGAAACCCUGGAAGGAUCUGGACAGAGACCUCAAACUUAGAGGAGCAAGGGACCCAAUGAUCAUCAAAGCUAAAGCUGAACAUCUGUAUAAAGCUAUCCAGCGUUACCUCCUCCUGUUCUCUGUACACAAGGGAACUCUGGAGAAACACAACGCGGAGCUUCUCUGCAUCGCGGACAACUUGGACAAGUUUUCAAAGAGGACAAAGAUUGCAGGCAUGACAGGAGGAGCGACGGUGGCCCUGGGGGGGCUAGCAGCAGCUGCAGGGGUUGUUCUGGCUCCGUUCACCAUGGGGGCCUCGCUGGCGCUGACGGCCGCCGGGGUCGGUGUGGCAUCGGCCGGGGGCAUCACCGGAGCCUCAGCAGCCAUCACACACAAGGUGAACGUGGAGCAGGGCAAGAAGAAGAUCAAUAACACCUUCGAGGAGUUCCAGCAGAUCAUGGGGAAAAUCCAGGACACCCUGAGCUUCAUCCACGAGGGCAUGGAGCAUAUACUGGAGCACAGCAUCCUCACCCUCAGUGGUGUCUCGCAGGGGAAGGGAAAAGUAACCCGCAUGGUGAAACUCACAGUCAGCGGAGGGGUCAGGGCCCGGGCCCUCGAGGUCAUCAGCAAGGCCUCAGGGCUGAUGGAGGGUCUGGCCCUCGGCAUGGAUCUUCAAUUGGCCGAGAAGAAGCAGAAGAAGAAGAAGAAGGGCCUGGAGUCGGGGCUGGCCAAGAAGAUCCGGCAGCUGGCAGAGGAGCUGAACAGAGAGCUGGAAGAGCUCCACAUCCUGUUCAAGGGUUACUGUGCAGACCAGUAACAGAUACGUCUUUAACGUGCAUAUUUUAAAUCCUAUUCUUACAUGCAGACACCACUGUCUACAGAUCUGGUAUAUGUGGUUCUUUAAUCAGAGUCUGAAAACUGUCUUUAUCCUGGAAAUUGUUUCCGUCACAGAUGCUUCAUAUUAGAAUGAAAUUUAAAAAGCAAGAUUUAAAAAGAAAUAAUAAACAAUUGAAUAAAAACAUGAUCAUAGACAAAAGACAUUGAAAUAAACACGAGCUCAAAUGAGAUAGAAUAAAAAUAAGAAGUUAAAAGUAAUAAUUUGCUCUAAUACAUCAAAAAAUAUACUAUACUAUAAUAAUUGCUAUAUUUUGAUCACACAGUAAUCACAAAGUGAACAGAUUCAUGCUCAAAAUGUGUAAAUUGUGGCCUUGAUAUAUGUAUUAUAUAGCUAUAAGGUCUGUGUACCUUCUCUGCAUUAAAUGCUUUACUCAA